UAUUAAACACUUGAGAUGAAAAACUUCAAGAGAAUGGUAAAAGAGUGAAUAGUUUCACUGCUGUGUCUUCUCUGUGUUGGUUGAGAUGCUGAGAAAAAGACAAGCUGAUUAGAAGCUUGACAGUUAUGGCUUCAUCUUCAGCAAUACAACACGGUAUACCUGCAACUCUCCAAGAGCUUGAACCCUCGUCCCCACUGUUUAAACAAGGGGCAUCCCUUCGAGUUACCGGAAAGCUGCAAACUUACAAUGCGGAAACCGCUGUUGCUAUCAUUGCCGAUGGAGGGACCAGUCUAAAAAUUCAUACCCAAUACUUGAGAGGUAUCAGCUUUCGUAUUGGCUCUGUCUACCAGUUCAUCGGGGAACUCCUCAUUCAAUCGGAUAAUGAUGUAAUCUUGCAGGCACGUGUCGGAAGGAAUGUAGACGGUAUCGACCUUAAUCUCUAUUACCAGUCCCUACAGUUUCUGAGAAAAUUUGAAACUGAAUUUAUGAAUUCAAGAGCAACUUAGUCUCUAUAAAUUCAUGGUUUUCAAUCAACUUGUGCAUUGAUGAACCCUGAUGCCUUUAGACAUCAUCUUUUCCUUUGGUUUUGGGGAAUUUAGAGUUUAUGUGGUCCAGACAUUUUCCCCAAAGUCAUGAAUGAUAAUCAAAACUCAACCACCUGGUUUGCUGCCAUGCUCCAAAAGUCACUGGUAAUUUAUUAACUGUCACUUUCUGCUCAUUUUUCAUCGAUGAAUUAGCUCUUGAGCAUUAAACAAAGUUCCUAGUUUUGAUCACUACAACAAAGUUAGAUUUAAUAAACAGUGAAUACAUGUUAGUUGAGUUCUUCGCUUUGAAAAUUAGAUCGAAAAGAUUUGGUCAUGAAGACUUGAAAGAAUUCUUGGUCUUCCUCUUGCUCGCAUGCUUUUAUUGGGUGGAGAAUCUUAUGAAACUUUUGUCGAAGAAGUGAUAUAACAGUAAUGCCACAAACUUUGUUGACCUUAAAUCAUCAGCAUUUGUUGGAUUGGAUGGAUAUAUCUAUCAAUUUGAAUUGGUGGGUGAUUGUA